CGCAUGGUCUCGACAAGGAUAUUUCUUUUGGUGCGUAUGCUGGAAGAGGCCACCAUUUGCUUUUGAAUUCCGAACAUUACCUUGUGGGAUCAUAAAGGAUUGGAAUUUCUGGAAUAUUUCCAUUUGUCAGAGGAGAGAACUCUUCUUUUCAAUGGAGCAAGUUCUCUCCAGCCCUCAGGGGUGUUCUGAGUGGGAGGUGAAUGGGAAAGCUGAGUGGGAAUCUGAGCAGAAUCCCCUUGGAUUUCUCCUUAUGGAUAAAGAUAACAGUUCUGUUGAUUCUACUAAUGACAUUUUUCAGGAGAACGCCAUAAACCUAGAUGACUUAUUUUGGUCCUCUCCGUAUUCUGGGCAGACAUAUUCUUGGGAAAAUGGUUUGGAAUGUGUCUAUCCCGAUUGGAAGACUCAGCCUCCUCCUUCCCAAAAUCUCAAAGGAGAGGGUUCUCCUGGAAGUUUGGAAACUGUUGAUGGAGAUCCCAUCUGUUUUAAUUCUAGAUCUACUAGUCCUACGGUCUUAAAUAUGCAAGUGCAGAAUCAAAACAACUUUUAUGACCUUCCUGAACAGGUGCCUGAUUUCCUGCAACCGGUGGAGGUUACUGCUACUUCAAACCCUCUAGAUGUGUACACAGGUGAGCUGGGUAUUAUUGACCCACUACUACAAGAAACCCACCUCCUUGAGGACACACAUUUAACAAACAGUGAGUUCAGCCAUAAUUCCCAAACAUUUGUGAACAAUGACAGUCAGAGCUUGCUUCCACACGGGACUCAUCUCACUCUGAAUUCUGAAGGUUUGUUGCCCGUUUCUCUUGUGGAGUUGUCAUGUACAGAUACGAACUCAAAUCCCAAGCCUUCAAUUAUUUGUCAGACACCUCUACCUACACCAGAACACAUCUACUCAUCCACAGCCCUUCCCUGUGAGCUCACCUCUCCGAAGAUAUGUACAGAACCACCUAUUCUGCCAUAUCACGAGAGUAGUGCACCCUUUCAAAUGGAUGAGGUAGAGAUGUUGUUACCCGGGCUGCUGGUUGGAGGUCUGUACUCUGAACAAGAGAGUAGUAAGCCCUUCGCUAGUAACGAGACCCUUGACGAUGAUCUUCAGAGCCAAGAGAUGACAGACACUAACAUGGAAACAACACAGCUAUCUUCUGAAGCAGAGACCGUUUGUAGGAGUCCAUUAGGUGUGUCUUGCAUAUCUGAACUUUGUGAAGAAAUGUGUGUUUUAUCCACAGAAUGUGAACCAUUGGAAACGGUUGGAGAAGAGUUGGAGGAGGAGGUAGUGUCCAAUGCUACAGCUGAUAAUGCUUUUUCUGAACCUGAAACAGGACUCGCACCAAUUGCUUUUGUUGAUUUGCAGUCAGAAGAUCCUUCAACUGAAAGCCUGCUUGACAUAGACGAACAUAAGGAGUCCACAAGAGCCUUGCCACUCAGCACAUCUGAGCAUAAUGCCUUAAUUGAGCUCUCACCUGAAGAUGACAUCUUACCUGAGGACCAUAUCCAGCCCACACAUUCAACUGAGGCUGAAGCCUUAUCUGAGGUGUCCCAUGAUGGCGAUAUUCCUGAUUCCAUGUUUGAAAUCUUAACAGACAGCAUCUCUUGCGAAGCUGUGCCAUCUUUAGACUCUGUAAUUCCACCUGUAAGAGAUGCUAUUGAGCUAACAGAACAGGAGAAAUGUGAUGCAAACUCACCCGAUCUUGAAUCUAAUGCACUCACCCUUGAAUUUCAGGAUAAUGUAACAAAUGUAGAAACCGACAAUGUAGACAAUGACCCUGAGGCUAUGGAGACACAGCGAGCUGAUCGCACACCCACAAUAGGUAACACAGAGGACUCAGACACACUCAAAGUUUUAGAGAUCUCAGAUUUGCAUCAAAAUCAAGAGGGAACCAAUUUGCAAAGUAAAUCGGACAGUUUGCAAACUGUUUAUUUAAACCUAGAUGACAGUAAAGCUGACAACAAUCAAGAACUGAUUGCAAUGAGUGAAACCUGUCAGGGACAAGUCAAUGCUCAGCAAAAAGAGAAUGCACUUGAGGAAAAUCUCACAUCUUCGGACCAACUGAAUGACUCUUUGACUGCAAACUCGAGUGCAGUUGUAAUAGAUGCACCUGAAGAAAAUGCAACAGCUCACAAUGACGGUCUCAAUACACAGCCGAAUGUCGAAGAGAAACCUCACAGUGAGUCUUUACACGGAGGGGAGAGAUCAGAUUGCAGUAUGUCUACUCAGAAUCAAGUCAUACCUCAUUGCGCAAGUAAUCGUGAUUCUUUAGAGUCCAUGCCCCUCACCUGUGCAGGUGAUCAGCUGACCGUGACGGGUGGACUAGUGGGGCCGGAUCUUACAGAGACCACAGAGACUCCCAGCCAACUGCAUGAAGCUACAGGAGAGGGAAAGGCGGGGUUUCCUGCUCAGCUUACACAUCAGGAGGAUUUCCAUCAGCUGACACCAUCACAGAUAGACCUGGCACAAGAGCAACAAGUGAGCUCAGUCACCCCCAGCUUUCCUCCCUCACAUAGGAAUGUCUUUCCCUGUGGAGCCAGCCUGGAUGGGGAGGCCUACCUGACCUUGAUGGAGAAUAAUCCUGAUACUCCCAACAUUCCCAAACAUGCAGAAAUGACUCUGGAUCUGUGCAAGGCCUCAGAUGCUCUGCUGACCAAAUCGCUCCAUGACCAGAGGGUCCCCGUGGAUUUGAUAAAUGUGCCUAUAGUUUCCGCAACAGCCCAUAAAAGCGAUGAGCAGUCGGCUCUCAGAGCGGUUUUCCAUGCUUUGGAUCAGGACGGAGAUGGAUUUGUCCAUAUUGAGGAGUUCAUCGAGUUUGCAAAAGCAUAUGGAGCCGAACAGGUGAAGGAUCUGACACGGUUCUUGGAUCCCAGUGGUCUGGGUGUGAUCAGUUUUGAAGAUUUCCACAGAGGCAUCAGCACAAUCAGCAAUGAAGGUUCUGAUCCAGAUCUCUACAAGACUCAUCUCAGUGCGGUGGAAGCCAAUGGACCUCCAGAGGAAUAUGACGAGCAGGCGGAGGUUUCAGACAGCGCCUAUCUCGGGUCGGAGAGCGCCUACAGUGAAUGUGAAACCUUCACGGACGAGGACACGACGGCUCUGGUCCAUCCAGAACUCCAUGAGGAUGUGGAGACUGACAGCGGCAUUGAAAACACACUCACGGAUGGAGACGACCGCAACAGGUUCACUUUGGGCUCUGAUUUGAAUGGCCACACCCUCGUGGCCGUGAUUGGAGGAGAGGAGGAGCACUUUGAGGAUUUCGGUGAGAGCAACAACACUUCAGACCUGCUGCUGGCCAAUCAGGAGGAUAGAGGGGCGGGGCCAGAGGGGGAGAGAAAUACAGAGCCACUCCCACACCCAGACAGCCCACUGCCCCGCCCACUGAUGCUGCUGUCGCCUAGCCCCAGCUCUUUCCCUGCUAGUUUCCAGAGUUUCCUUCAGUCGGAGGCGCUGGAGUUUUUCUGCACUCACUGUCAUAAGCAGAUCAGUCGUCUGGAGGAUCUGUCCACGCGACUGCAGUGGCUAGAGAUGAAUAGUUCCAGCAAGAGGCUGUCCAGUAAGAAAGCAGCAAGACACUUGCAGCAGUCUGGCACUCUGGAUGUCAUGGGAGAUCUGACUCGAGACAUCUUGGACCUUCCGGAUCGUGACAUCACAGACAAGGUGUUGCUGUUGGAGAAGCGUGUGUGCGAGCUGGAGAAGGACUCGUUGGAGAGCGAAGAGCAGCAUGCGCGCCUGCGGCAGGAGAACCUCACUCUCGUCCACCGCGCAAACGCUCUGGAGGAACAGCUGAAGGAGCAGGAGCUGCACUCGGAGGAGAACUUACUCACGCAGACCCGUAAACACAGAGAUGCUCUGAACAAACUCCAGCGAGAGAGAGACCUGGAGAUCGAGAACCUCCAGGCCAGGUUGCAUCAGUUGGAUGAGGAGAACAGUGAGCUGAGGUCAUGUGUUCCCUGUCUAAGAGCCAACAUCGAGAGGCUGGAGGAGGAAAAGAGGAAACUUCAGGAUGAGGUGGACGACGUCACAGAUCGAUUGAACGAAGAAAUCGAAUCUCGCAGGAAAAUGGCCGACAAACUGAGUCAUGAACGUCAUACGAACCAGAAAGAGAAGGAGUGCACUCAGGGGUUGAUAGAGGACUUGAGAAAGCAGCUAGAACACCUGCAGCUGUUUAAGUUGGAGACUGAAGUGAGAAGAGGCAGAUCGGCCAGCUCCGGCCUGCAGGAAUACAACACUCACAUGAGAGAGAAUGAACUGGAGCAGGAGAUACGCAGACUCAAACAGGAUAACCGCAGUCUGAAGGAGCAGAACGACGAGCUGAAUGGGCAGAUCAUUAAUCUGAGCAUCCAGGGAGCAAAGAGCCUGUUUACCGAGUCUCUGUCCGAGUCACUCGCCGCCGAGAUCAACAGUGUGUCUCGCACUGAGCUGAUGGAGGCCGUCCACAAACAGGAGGAGAUCAACUUCUGUCUGCAGGACUACAUCGACCGCAUCAUCGUCGCCAUCAUGGAGUGCAACCCCUCCAUCCUGGAGGUCAAAUAAUCACCAUGGCGACGACCCUACCUGAUUUAUGAACUGAAACAGGAGGCGAGAGGCGUAAAGAGCAGAACUGGAGAUGAUGUGAAGAAUCCAAUCAUUAUGUUGAUCAAAUAAUUUAAUCAUUCAGAGCACUGUUUGUUGUAUGUGUGUGUGUGUGCGUGUGUGUGUUUGUAUGUGUGUGUGUGUGUGUGUGUGUGUGAAUGGCCCCGUCCUUCGGUUCCUGUGACUUCCCUGUGUUUUGGGAUUGAGGCGCCCAUUCCCUCUGUAUAUCUGUGUUCACAAUUCAUGGAUUGAAUUUCAGUAUAAGAAACUUGUUUGUUUUAAGUUACCAGUGUAAGUCUGGUUUAACCGUCACACCGUUAGCCCAUGUGAGGGACAUUUGCUGGCCUGAGGGUUGAGCGUGUGCGUACGAUUUUGCUCGUAAACGAGUUUUUGCUGAAUGUUACUGCUGUUUUCUUUCAAUUCUUAUUUAUUACGAUGAUGCAGAACGCAAAGGAUCAGGGGAGACUGACACCCACCAAGGGAGUUCGCAGUGUUGCAUUGUGGGUAAGGUCAUCGGUCCUGUGCGAUUUCUUGCUGAGAAUAUUCGUCUGCCGCCUCCUGUCGGACUUUGAUUUUCUGUACAAAAGACUCACUGGAAAUGUUCAUUGCACUUCAAGUAAUUUUAUUUUGAGAAAUUUCUGUUUGCUAUUUAAAUAGUUUGAUAGAUAAAUAAGGUGAAGCUGUUUUAUCAACGUUGGCGGGAAAAAGAAGCCGACACUGAAGCACUGAAGGGAAUUCGAACCGUCAACAGAACACACGGGAAAAGGGACUUUUGCUUCAUUUCUGCAUUUCAGAACUCUUUAUGUCGCUCUCUGAUGAAUUUGGGUGUAAAUAUUGAUCUAGAACGUUUGGUUCUUGGAAACGUAUUUUUAUGGACAAAAGGAAAUAAGAUUAAGUUUCAUUUUGUCUUCCACUUGACUGAUCUCUUUUCGUCUGAUCCAGCGCGCCAUUAUGGAUGUACAUCCCUCUCAUCCGGGACAAGCAUGUUUGAUUUUCACUUUCAACUUUUUUUGGACCUGGAAAAUCCAGUGGAAAAUCUUAAAUGAGUUUAAAUGCCUUUGUUUUUGUUUUUUGGGAUUGUGGAAAACCAGGCUGCAGUCCACAUUUUUCUUUCCCCUCUCCUCUGACUUGCGUAUUUCGUUAAGACCCGUCGAUCAGUUCUUCUUAUAGGACGAUGCUGGAUAACAUUUGAGGACGAUUCCGCUGCUGUCACGUCUGUAUGGCUGUUUUAAAGCUACUGUAAUGAUACUGAUGGACCUUAAAGCGCAGGAACGUUGCUUCUGUAAACUUGAAUACCGACUCUCCUUCCUUCAUUUCCUUCCAGAGACAAUAAGGGAAGAUCUGAAUCUACUGCUCUUGAUCUGUCUGAUGUUAACAGCUGUUGUAUAUGAUUUAAGAUAUAUCAACACACAUCUCCAGUGUCCAAAGACAACAUUUCACCGCUUAGAAGGAGUUCUGCUUGCCACUUAGACUUUAAAAGACUAAUAAUAGUUAUAAAUACAUGUUAAUAAAAGAAAAAGGACUCCUCAUAAUGAAGGAUACAAUUGUAAAAAAA